AUGACUAAGAAUCUUAAGGAGAGUGGCUGUGGUGACCCAACUACUGGUGACCCAACUGCUGGUGACCCAACUGCUGGUGACCCAACUGUUGACCCAACUACUGGUGACCCAAAACUGGACCAACUGCUGGUGACCCAACUACUGGUGACCCAACUGCUGGUGACCCAACUACUGGUGACCCAACUGCUGGUGACCCAACUGCUGGUGACCCAACUACUGGUGACCCAAAAACUGGUGACCCAACUGCUGGUGACCCAACUACUGGUGACCCAACUGCUGGUGACCCAACUACUGGUGACCCAAAAACUGGUGACCCAACUGCUGGUGACCCAACUACUGGUGACCCAACUGCUGGUGACCCAACUACUGGACCCAACUGUUGGUGACCCAACUACUGGUGACCCAACUGCUGGUGACCCAACUACUGGUGACCUAACUGCUGGUGACCCAACUAUUGGUGACCCAACUGCUGGUUACCCAACUACCGGUGACCCAACUGCUGGUGACCCAACUACCGGUGACCCAACUGCUGGUGACCCAACCGCUGAUGAGUCUAUCC